ACUCCACACCACAUCUUAGCGGAAUAAUUUCGAUAAUCUACUAGGAGUAUUUACUUCCCAAGUCAAUGGAGUCGCAAUCGCGCAGUCCUUUGCUUGGCGGAGAUGGAGAUGGGAAGAGCACUGCUGUUCUUGUUCUCAGCACCUUUGUGGCUGUGUCCGGAUCCUAUGUCUUCGGUUGUGCUGUGGGAUUUUCAUCUCCUGCUCAAUCUGGCAUUCUCCGCGAUCUUGCCCUCUCAUUAUCACAGUAUUCGCUGUUUGGCUCAAUAUCAACCAUUGGAGCUAUGUUAGGAGCGGUAUUGAGUGGGAAGAUAGCUGAUCUCCUCGGCAGGAAAGGCGCAAUGUGGUUUGCUGAGUUGUUCAAUCUUUUCGGGUGGCUUGCGAUAGCCUUCUCUAAGAAUGCUUGGUGGCUUGAUAUCGGGAGGCUGUCAACGGGAUUUGGGAUUGGACUUCUUUCAUAUGUGGUACCUGUAUAUAUAGCAGAAAUCACGCCUAAGAAUCUCCGAGGAGCAUUUACAGCUGUUAAUCAGUUGAUGAUAUGUUGUGGUGUCUCCGUAAUGUUUCUUGUUGGUAAUGUCAUCAACUGGCGUCUCUUGGCUUUAACAGGGACUAUUCCAUGCCUUGUACAGCUCGUGGGCCUCUUUUUCGUGCCAGAGUCUCCUCGGUGGCUGGCUAAGGUUGGUAAGUGGGAAGGCAGUGAAGCAUCUUUGCUACACCUUAGAGGGAAGAAGGCUGAUAUUUUCGAAGAAGCAGCUGAAAUCAGAGAUUAUACUAGAUCCCUCGAACAACUGAAGGAAUCCGGCCUAAUAGACCUGUUUCAACGAAAAUAUGCCCACUCGCUUAUAGUUGGAGUAGGGCUAAUGGUUCUGCAACAAUUUGGAGGGGUCAACGCAAUCGCCUACUAUGCAAAUGCUAUAUUUUCAUCAGCAGGUUUUUCAGAUAAAGUAGGAACAACAGCAAUGGUUAUUGUUCAGGUCCCGCUUACUGUUUUGGGGACACUCUUGAUGGAUAAGUCUGGACGGCGCCCACUACUCCUGGUCUCUGUAGCAGGAACUUUCUUGGGCUGCUUGACUAUUGCAUUAUCAUUCCUGUUACAGGACCUUAAGCUGUGGGAUUCAAGCCCCUUUCUUGCACUUGUUGGUGUCUUGAUAUUUGGAGGUUCGUUCUCCUUGGGAAUGGGAGGCAUCCCCUGGGUCCUGAUGUCCGAGAUAUUUCCGAUAAAUGUGAAGGGAGUAGCAGGAAGCAUGGUGACAGUGGUGAACUGGUUGGGUUCAUGGAUCAUUACAUAUUCAUUCAACUUUCUAGCAGAGUGGAGCUCAGCAGGCACGUUUUUUAUGUUCGCAGGUGUGUGCGGUCUCACUAUCAUCUUCAUUGUGAAGCUGGUACCGGAGACCAAAGGUCGCACGCUCGAAGAAAUACAAGAGUCUAUGCUCGCCUUCAACUAGUUACAACUAUGAAAUCAUACCACACAAUCUUAUUUGUUUGUGUUUCAAGUACAAUUUGUAUGGAGUAAACGUUCAUUAUCCCAUUUGUUUUCUUAUUAAAAGUAAAACUAGACAAAUCAAAA